UACUAGUAUUAGCUUCAUUAAUUUGAACAAAAGAGUGGAUUAUCAACUAAGAAUCUUUCAUGUCCAAUGAUGCCAAUGCAACCAAUUCAUUUCUCCACUCAUUAAUUUUCUUUGACUACAAUCAAUGAAUUAAAACAUCCUCUUUAUGUUAGUGGUUAUAUUUAUCUUGUACCAAAUUAGUCUCUUCAUAUAUGUGUCACCCUCUCCUAUGUUUCACUCAUUACUCAUUAUUUUUCCAUCUCCAUGGCUGAAAACCAUACUCAUACUCAUUCUCACUCUCAAUCUCCUAUACCAUGUCAUGAUCAUGAACAAGCAGCUGGUUUUGAUUGGAUGGUUCUAGUGGCAGCUAUUUUAUGUGCUUUUGUUUGUGCUCUUGGUCUUAAUACUAUGUUACAAUGUGUUUUUCAAUGUAUUGGUCGUGUACUUACCGAGCCUAUACAAUGGAUUGCUUCUAGGAGGUUGAAUUCUGGAAUCAAGAAAAAAGAUAUGGUAGCUUUGCCAACUUCAACAUAUAGUAGUACUCAUGACUCAGGUUCUCCAUCUUCAGCUUCUAGUUGUGUCAUUUGUUUAGCUGAAUUCUGUAAUGGAGACCAAAUAAGGUUCCUGCCAAAAUGCAAUCAUCAUUUCCAUGUGGUUUGUAUUGAUAAGUGGUUGCUGUCUCAUUCUUCCUGCCCUACAUGCAGGAAUCUCACUCGAGUCUAGUAAUUAUAUUAUCAUAGCUUAGAAAGAUUCUAGUACUAGAUAUAGAGCUAGAUCUAGUUAUUAUUUUAUGUAGAUUAAUUUCUAGGCCUUGUUUGUAAGGUUAGUACUGUUAGAACAAUCUUUAUUUAAGCAAUUAGUUGAAAGAGUGAAUGAGUGUUUUGGAUUUGAGAAGAGGGAAUGACAAGUUUUCUCUUUUGAUUGCUAGCAAACUUACAAAGCUAACUAAGUUUAUAAGUAUCAUCAUCACUAAUAUGAAUUAGUUUUGACA